AUACAGCAGUGCAAAGUUUACAUUUCUAAAUUUUGAUCUCAAAGCGAACUUAAAAUGGUGGUAAAACUAAUUAAAGGUCUCAAACGUGAGAUCAGGCCCUGUGUUCUAAAGUAUAUGCCGUACUUCGUAAUGUCGUAUUACUUUAUGGAAGUGCUUUACUCAGUGGUGAACACUCCGCUUGUGGGCAGAGAAAGAGCCAUUGUGAUGGAUGUCAACGAGGUGUUUGGCCACUUCUACACCACCUUCGAUGUCCUGCUGACCAUGGGAGCCAUCUUCCUCAUCCUCGGCACGCGAAAGGAGGCCAGUGGGGUGACCCUGUUGCUCAUCGGAAGAGUCGUCCACCGACUGUUCUUCUCCAUAUGGACCAUAUUCUUCUAUUUCCUGUUCACUGACAGCUUGGAUGUGGGCUCCCUGUUGAUGCUGAUGGCCGCCAAAAUCACACUGAGAGAUCAAAAUGAAUGGCCACAGAUGGGCGAGUCGAGGUACCAGAUGAUGUUGCUGGGCGGAAGACUUUGCUUGUCCAGUUUGUUUAUAAUGUGGCUGGACGAGGGCAUGGAAACAUUUUUCAGCAUCGUGUCGAUUGGUCUUUUGCUCUUCAUUAGCCUUGGCUUCCACUGCAAACUGUUUGCCUAUCUGACCGUAGGCGCCUUGUUAUAUCACGAUGUUUUCAGCAAUCAUUGGAGCAUGUUGUGGGGCUGGAACGACACGCUCCUCUCGAUGCAGUACUUCUCCCUACUGUUCUGCAAAAUUGGCGGGUUCCUGAUGCUCUCUGAGCUGGGCGGAGGCAAGUGGUCCAUCGAUGGAUUCAGGAACAGAAAAGCCGGGAAACGGGAGAAGAAAGGCAACUACCGGAUCAUCAAGAGCCAGGCGUCGGCCUAGGAAAAGUUAUCCAUCGGAUUGAGCCCUAUCUUUACUUUUACUCCAUCGCCUUUCAACGUUUAGGGGGAUUUACAUAAACUUUAAUGGGAAACACUUUCCCAGCGGCUAAUGCUUAUUUUUAUUUGUAUCUCUAUUUGUACACCUGCCUCUCGGCAUCGGAGUGGGCACUCCAAAUGCUCUUUGAUUCGCGCCCCAGUCGACGUAAAUUAUUAAAAAGUCUCG